UGUAUGUUUUUGUGUAUAUGUAUAUACAGUAUGUGUGUGCAUAUACUGUAUAUGCAUAUGUAUAUACGUGUGUGUGUAUAUAUACUGCAUGUAUAUAUAAACUGCAACUACCAUACUGCUUAUACAUUUGUGUACUAUUUUACUUCAAUCAUCGAACGUCACUGCUUUUCUAACACAGACUCCUUCAAUCCAGUAUAUACUGAGUAUUCAUAGGUUUCUCAUUAGGAGUAAUUAAGAACUCGUCAGUGUUGUGUGUCAGUCAAGGAUUUGCAGUAAGUAUAGACGUGCAUUCUUCCCUUUAAGGUUUUUCUCACUCACCCACUGAAGGAUUUUCCUGUGCCUUGUCUUGUGGAGGUUCAGAUGUUGUUUACUCUUCCAUCAACAUAGAUUAUAUCUCUUGCCAUCUGCAAGUGUCUUUUCUUCCCACCUCAUGUCUCGCCCACACAAGUGCUUGCUUGCUUUUCAUAUUCAUAGAAAGGGAAUACAUUUUAAUUUUUCAGAGAGAACAUUAGUCUGGAUAAAGAAGAGACAGCGUUGAUGGAAAGGAAUAAAAAAAACAUCUGUGGAAAUAUGGGAAGCCUUGGAGAAACACCUGCAGUUUUUAAAUGAAAAUUCUGUUUCUAUGCCAAUCUGUAGAAAACUUAGCUUUCAGCUUUUUAUUUGAUGUCAUUUUUAAUAGAAAAUAAAGACACUUUAGAAAUCAUGAUGCUUUUUGAAGGAAACAUAAUGAUAUAGCAUAACUUAAUUUUUUUUUCCUUUUUAUUCCUCCUAUUAACUUAAGAGUGUUGACAUGGCUACAAAAUUGACUCAUGUUCUACUUGAGAAGGACUAAAGCAAUUACCAAAGAAAAAUAUAUAAUAAUGUUAACAAUGGUUUGUGAAGUAAUCUAUUUUUUAAGCACUUUAUCAAACAUUUACUAUGGUAACUACGAUUAAGCGUGGUUAAUGGUUCCUAACAACUAAUUGGUAACUAUCCCACUGAAAAUCACUAUUGAAAGUCCAUGACUGAAUCUGAUCCCAACUCUGCUGUCGUCUCCUGCUCCAUGCUCUUGUCAUUCCAGUGAUGGAUCCAUCUACCUGCAGAGACGUGACGGCUCCUGUGAGCAGCGACUGCUUUCAUUUAAUCUAUUUUUAGGUCGUGAGUUCACAUGGGAAAAUGAUGCAGGGCAGAAUUAAUGCAUGAGCUGUGACUUUAAAAGCAUAAACUGACCUUCAGGGCCAGCGCUGCCAACGCUACCCUUCUUACCGUGACCUUUUUCCCGCUGAUGGAGGAUAGAGGAGUCGGGAUGGGCUGUCUAGUUUCCAUUUUCUUUGGAUAUGGCAUCGCCAUGACAACAGUAACAGAAAUGUUUGUUUUUUUUCCUCAGGUACUGUUUUUCUCCCCAGAGGACUGAGAACUGAGUAGUUACUGUACUUGUCAACUUGUGCCUCCUAGAAACAAAGCCAACCUUAUUAGAUAUUCCAGCCCAGUCGUCCUGUUUGGCACAGUUUAUAUUCAAAUACAGCUUAAGGUUUUAGAGUCAAUAUAGAAGUUACUGUGUAAUUAUCUGGUAAAUGUAUCCUAUUGAUACAAACUGAUUGUCAUAGAGAGGUGAUGAAGACUAAAGUGUAAUUUUGGCAUACAUUAUUAUUAAAAAUAAUUCAGCUGAAUCAUUCUUAAAUGAAUGAGAAAAUAAAUUAAUUAUUUCAAUAGAAGAUCGGGUGUGUAUAUGUGUGGGGGGGGGUCAAUUUGCCAAGUUCAGCUUUAUAUAAUACAUUUUUUCACAGUAUACCUUUCUUUUUUACUCUGACAAUGUGAUGAUAGAAAAUUGCUUCUAGAUAUAAACUGAAGGCACAAACUAAGCUGAGAGGAAACCUUAAGACAAAAACCUAAAAUUUCCUAAAACUAAAAAUGUUCCCACUCUUCGCUGCCCCAGAAAACAGGGCUGUGUUUUUCUGUUGACUGCUGAUAUUCAAAUGAGCUGAAAACCACUCCAGGUCAUAAUGUAGUGUAUGAAUGUUUGAAAGUUUCAUAGUGUGUUGAGGCAGUUUUUAUUUUUUAUUUGUAACGAAUAUUCUCGCCUCCUUUCAUGUGUUUGCAGGCCUCGCUCUAACGGUAUUUGUCAGCUGUACUGUGAGCUGAUGUUCUGCUUAUUGUGGUUCAGCUUCUGUGACCGAGCUCAGCCUCAGCAGUGCUGCCAUCAGCAUAAGCUGCGGUGCUUCAUCAGUGCCAUCAUCGAUCCACCACCAGAUUGAACAGACGUUUCCCCGAAGAGCUAAACAGACAGUUUACUUACUUAUGGCAACAGCAAUAACAGCAGUAAACUAAACUGUAUCAACACCAACAUUUUAUCGCUAAAAUGCUCAACUAACAGUUUGCCGACUCCAAAGAGAAGAGACACGAGCAAAGUUAUAUUUGUCACUCCAUAGAUGGCUUCUGCACCCAAGUGUCUUUAAGUGAUUCAGUCCAAACUCUCUGUCCAGCAUGAGCAUCCCGUCGAGAUUCCAGGGAAUGAGGGUGAGCGUUGACAGAGGAGAUAGGUUUGUAAAUAAGCUAUCAUCUGGAGACGAUAACGCCAAUCAGUUUACGUCUCUCAGUGAAGAAGAGGACAGACGGAUGACAGGAGACACUGGAUACAGUACAUGUCCCGUUCCUCCUUUGGUGUCUCAGAGGGACUCCCCUGACAAGUUAGUGUUCUGGGGCUCUGAGCACAGGGAGUUUGAGAUCUUGGAGCAUCAGGGGAUUCGUACCUUCUCAGAAAACCAAGAUCAGGAAGAGGAUAAUGAGGACCCGGACGAUGAAGGGAGUUUCAGAGAUGGAAGAGAUGACGGACCCAUGUCCAUAUCUUCCAGUUCCACUGCCAGCUCUGCUUCUAUUGGCCACAGGAGAAAUGACAAUGACAGCAACAAAGUGGAACGCAGAAAACAAAAGUAUGAAGAUGUGCCAAAAAGGAUCGCUUGUCACAGCACUGAAGAGUUAGACACGUGUGUGUCAGGCUCAGCAGAAGUCAACGUCACCCGAUCAGGCAGCGAGAGGCACAGGAGAGGUCUGAAGGAGUCCAAGUCAGAGACAAACGUCUAUGUGUCCAGUUUGUCCGCCGCUGUCCUCAGUGGGAGUCUGUCCAGUGCACUGGAUGGUAGUGGAGAAACACCGUCUCCCGCCUCUCUGUCCAGCAAGAUCCACCCUUAUCCAAAUGCCAACAACUCUACCUCAGCUCAGACCAGGAGAAGGGCAGUCCCUGUGAAUACAAACCAGGUUUCGCCAUCACCACAUCCUCAGGAGAAACAAGACUCUCUUCAGUUCUGCAGCCGGGAUCAGAUACAGCAGGAGGGAAACCCGCAGAGGAGUGGCACAUCCUCUGACCUGGGGCUGGGCCAAAGGAGAAGAGCUGGGUUUGAUGAGAGGGUUCUGCCACCAAGACGCCAACAGCUGGUCCGACCUCUCUGUCAGACCGAGGUGGAGAGAACCAGGAACUCAUCAGAGUUCAAUUCUAAUCAAGACGAGACAGAUCAGACUGACAGCCCCAAACAGACUCUAGAUUCGUACAGCAAUGGUUCGAGCAGAAAGUUAACAAGAUCAUCGUUACGUGAACCCUUAGAUAUCUCUCACCUGUACAACACGUCUGCAGUUUCUCAGCCCAGACAACAGAGCCAGACAGUCAGGAGAGAGGUUUCACCUGCAUUAAAACAGCCAGCCUCAACACAAGGUCAGAGUUCAACUUCCCCUAACCCCUUCACCUUAGAAAGGCGACCUCAGACUCAGUUCACCUACAGGAGAAACUGUUCCAGUCCCAACAGGACUGGAGUUGAAUCCAGGUCAUCGACUCCUCCUUCUCCUCAGUCUCCUCUUAUGACACCGCAGGGCUCACCACGGAGACAACCUUCCAUGUUUAUUCUUUCGAAGAAUGUCUCUGGAGUGGUGAGACACGUUCCUUCAGGAUGCAGCCCUGCUGUGAAUACACCAGCUCAGGGCCAUGGCAACAGUUGCUUGAGAGCACCAGUCAAAACUAGCAUAAGCACAAGCGGAAUCCCCAAAGCGCCUCUUAACAACCAGCAGGGCUCCACUUAUUCUCCCCAUAACCCCAACCCCAAGGACAGCUCUCCGUCUCCAAAACUGAAGCCCAAAGGAGUUCGCCCUAAAAUCAUCACUUAUGUCAGAAAAAAUCCUCAAUUCAAGCCUCAAGCGGCAGACGGUCAUUAUCAGGUGUCCUCUCUGCCGUCCCGGCUUUCAGCGUACGCACAAGGACAAACUCCAAAUUCAAUCAAAGGCAGCUCUAAAGAACCCUCCAAGCCUGAGGCCGCCCCAGUCCUCAGUGCCUCCAAUCUGCACUUCGAGAAGUGCCGUCAAGACAUGCAGUCAAACGUCUUCCCGUCAGGAGUGAUGAGCAGGAGCAUCAGGCCGCCGGGACACGCCAACACAGUUCCUGCCACUCACUUGCAUGUCAUGCCACAUGCACACAGCCAUACAGCUCCUCCAAACCUGGGCAGCAAAGCAGACAACUUUUAUGGGGCGCAGUCCGAGGUAGGAAGAUCUGCCAGUUUUAAAGGUUCCUCUGCGGAGGAAGUUCCUCAAGCGGUUGUUCCUGCCGGAGGGACCGGCAGCCUGCUGCGGUCCGGCAGAGGUCUGCGUCUGGGCCUCGGAGCUGUUAACCGGACGGCUGCGGCCACAGCCAAAGGCAAAGGACCUGGUCCAGAUCAGAGGUCAGCUCCAGUCUACAACCAGCCAGUCCAACCUGUCAGCCCGGCAACCAGCCUGAAACCCCAGGGAAACACAGAUGGUCAGCUUUUCAACCAACACGCUGCGGCCGCACCACCAGUUUCAGCUCAGCCCCAGGCCAUGGCUCCAGCCUCCAGGUCUCUGUUGCCCAAAGCCAGUCAGUCGGGUCUGCGCCCCCCGGGUUUUAGCACCAGUCGCCUCCCUGCAGGUCGUCUGGCAGCCUUUGGGUUCAUCAGGACGUCCAGCGUGUCAUCUGUCUCCUCUGCACAGUCUGUUGACAGUGCACAGAGCGACACCUGCAGGACAACUCAACGUCAAAACGUCAGUGAAGAGCCUCCUCCACCUCACAGAGUGUCCACCAGUCCUCCAUCAGCUGAUCAUCAGAGAGGACCCCCGUGUCGUAGCAGCAGUCUCCAGCCUCCCUCCACUCCAGCUCUGCCCCGUCGCUUCCUGCCUCCACAGCCGAGAAGUUCUCCAGGAGUUGGCAGGAAGGAGUUCCAGCGCAGUUCAGACGUCACGCGUUCACUGCCGUCCUCGCCGAAGAGGCUGGCGGUGGUCCCUCCAAAACCACAGUCCCCAGUCCAGUCGGUGCAGAGGCUCGCAGCUGCAGUGCGAGGGUCGGCUCCCCCGGGGUCUCCUCGCUGCGUGGCCCCCCUGAGGCAGCAGCAGGAACAGCAGGAGAGUCUGCUGAGGGAGAAAGAGGAGGCUCAGCAGAAAAUAAGGCAAAAGCAAGCAGAGGAGAAAGAGAAAGGAGAGCAGAGGGAGGAGUUUCAGUGGCUGCAGGGACACUGUGAACAGCAGGGGAGACAGCUGAGAGUUCUCAGAGAAGAGCUGAAGAGGACGUCCUUGGGUCUGGAAGCUUUUAUCAUCACCACUCAGCAUUACUGCCUGAAGAAUAAAACUACAGAAGAAAAUGAGAGGAAAUUGUCAGUGGAGAUGCAGAAGCUCAAAGAGGAAAUGGCCUAUAAUUCCAUGCGUUGGGAGAGACUCCAUCGGGAAAAGGCUGCGCUGGAGUUGGCGUUCAAGCAGGAGCUGCAGGAAUUACAGCUGCAGCAGGAGGCGGAGCUUGUUUCUGUGGAGGAGGGGCUUCGGAAGUGUCACUCAGCAGAGAAAGAACACCUGAGGGCGGAGCACCGGUCAGAGAUGGAGGAGAUAAGGACUCAGCAACAGGAACAGAUGGAGGAGAUGACGGUCAACCACCACGCAGCCAUCCAGGAGCUCAGAGACAUGCAUAACAUCACAAUGGCAACGCUGCAUGAGGAGCACGCCCGAACUAUGAGAGAUUUGAGGAAGGCUCAUGAGCAGCAGAAGGUUCUUCUGGAGGAAGACUUUGGAAAACUUCGACUUUCUCUGCAGGAUCAAGUGGACACGCUCACCUUUCAGAACCAAUGUCUGAGGGACAAAGCCAAACGUUUUGAAGAUGCUUUGAGGAGGAGCACAGAUGAACAGAUAGUUGAGGCUUUAGCUCCAUACAAACACAUUGAGAAGGAUCUGAAGAGCUUGAAGGAGAUUGUAGAAAUGAAGAACCAGCAGAUACACCAUCAAGAGCAAAAGAUCUCUGACCUGGAGAAAGUGGCCCAUAAGAAUGUGUUCCUUGAGGAGAAGGUUCAGGUUCUGCAGCAGCAGAACGAAGAUCUGAAGACUCGUAUUGACAAGAACCUUGUUCUGUCCAGGCAACUGUCAGAGGAGAAUGCCAACUUGCAGGAGUCUGUGGAGAAGGAGAGCAGUGAGAAGAAACGUCUAAGUCGAAACAAUGAGGAGUUGCUCUGGCGUCUCCAGACAAGCCCCCUCGUGUCCCCCGCCUCCUCCCCACUGCACCGCUCCUUCUCUACCUCACCUGCCCCGUCAUCUCCUUUCUUCUCUUCCUCCCCUGUCGCAGGAUGUGACUCCCCACCUCACUGUCCCGGCUGUUCCCAGCACUUUCAGUACUGCUCUCCUUCCCACAGAGCUGUCAGUAAUCAAAGUUUCUCCCCAGGUCCGGCCACACCCACUCACAGAGCAGGAACCAAUCAGAAUUAUUCCCCCGGCCCGGCCACGCCCACACACAGGGCAUCAACCAGCUGCAAUUUCAACUCUUUACAGAGAUAAACUCGCAGCAUUUUUUAAUCAAAAAGCCCCAAAUUAAUCUUUUUUUUUUUACUUUUUACUCUGGUGAAUGUGGUGACGUGGGCAGAUACAGUCCAUUUAGUCUUAAUGCCCCGGGAUGAAUUAACACCCAAUGUACUGAAGCUAAAAAUGCCUUCAGCCCACUUAUGUGUCCGUACAUGUAUCACAGGUGAUUGAAAUGCACAGGUGUAGAUGCUGAAUAACAGAGUAGAUACGUAGUUGAGAUCUGCAUGCAUAGGUUUUAGUCCCUCAUAGAAAUCAGAAAAGAAGUAGCACACACUCAUGUCAACACACUGAAAUGAUGAAUGUCAGUCCCGAGUCAUAAACUGAAUCAGCAUUCGGCUGGCAAACCCCAAACGAAGCGCCUUACACUUUAGUUUUUCUGCCAUCUCAAGAGCCGAAAAACCUACCAACAAUUUAACUUUCGCUAAAAUAAUUGGUUUUUAAAAUCAGAUGAAAUGUUCCUCUGCCUCUUUUGUGUGUAUUUUCUAGCUAACGUUGGUAUUUUACAUACUAUGUGGGGAAAUGUCCUUGUAAUUGCGAGGUGUUCCUACGUGAGCUACUCUCCACUUUUACAAACCCUCAGGUUAACUUUAGAGAAUUAUACCUGCCAUUUUAAAAAACAUUACCUCAGCGGGAAUGUGCAGUUUGUAGCUGGCUGCAACAACAUCCACAGCUGCUAUAGGAACAUAGAAAAACAGUACCAGAGCACUCACAGUAGAAGGGAAACCUAGAGUAGAGGUAGUUGUGAGGUUUUUUUUGUGUAAAUACUUAAUUUAUUUGUUACAUGGAUUUUGCUACUUAAGCAGGCAUGUACUGUGAAAGUCUUCCAGACUUAAUGUGAAACCUGUUUCUGUGACGUGUCUUUGUCUUAGGAUGUGGUAAACAUUAAUGGCAUAGAGAUCUUAGGUGCAGUGAAAUGUACGAACGCCAUUGACAGAACAGCUGGUGCCGUUCUUUAAAAUGCAAUAAAUAUAAAAUUGCUACUCUGCUGCUGUAACUUUAGCAGAAAAAAUAAUGAAAUCUUAGGUGUUUUUUAUUCUUUUAUUUACAUAAGAAACAAUUUAAAAAUGAAUUCCUGAAAUUCAAUUGUGAUAAAGGCAUAGUAAGUUUAAAAUUGCUGACUUUAAGAUAGUAUGUGCCUAACAUACAAUGUGCCCCAGGUCACAUGGCUAUUCAUCGGGCUGCAUAGCAAGAAACAGUGUAGAAGACAGCAUGUUUGAGCCAGUAGACAUGGCUUGUGAAAGAACCGUUGAUACGGUGGCUUUUUAUUAUCUUCUUAGGUAACGUACCAACUUUUCUGGGUUUGGGUUUGUACCACUAGAUGAGGAUGACGAGACAAUAAGCUAUGUAGAUAUAGAAACAAAUACAGGUCUGUUUACCUCUUGUGAUGUAGUAGAGUAGCGUAGCCCCUUUCUCGACCUGUACUAACCUCCGACUUUACUCUGUAUCCCCUUUUUUAUACGUAUGAUGUUUCAUUUUUCUGUGAUGCGCUGACGUUCACUCAGCUGUCAGUGUACAGGAAGAUAUUGUUCAGGGAAUUAUUUUCUAAAUUUAGAUUAGGAAAUAAUUUCAAUAACUUUUAUAAAACUUGGCUACAGAACAUAUACACAGGAUAUUUCCUGAGAUCAUUUUCCACUGGUAUACGAAGCCACCUGUGAUGUACACCACAAAACAGAAUCAUUUUCAUACAGUCGUACAGUACUGCCUCCUGUGCUGUAUUCAAAUUAUUUACUUACCCUCAGGGUUCUGUCCCACUAAGCAGUUUGUAUGUGGGACCUGUGUGAGAGCUCAGUGCAGUACUGAGGUACAAAUAAGUAAGUUACUACAUCUUUAAACGUAUAAAUAUGGGCUACUGUACAUAAAUGAGGCCAGUGUGGAGCUGAGGGUCAGUGUGUGUUCUGUUGGCUGUAAACAGGUACAUUUUACAGUAAUAGGAAGUGGGUUUGAGUUUAAGUUUUCUAGACUGUAUACAACAAAUGAACGGUAUUGUCUAAUGACAGGUUUUAGCCACAAAGAGAAGCCAAAGAAGUUGCAGUACUGCAGCAACUUCUUUGUCUCCACUCUGAGAGGUUGCAGCAUUUUUUUUCUCCAUAUGACAUUCCAAAUUCAUAGGUUAUAAAGCCAUUACUGAUUUUAAUAAUAAUAAUAAUAAUAAUAACAACAAUACAUUUUAUUUGUAAUGCACUUUGAUGCAAAAUUUCUUAAAAAUUGUCAUAUUUUUGCUCUGGAACCUGUUUAAAAUAUAUACACAAAAAAGUACAUGAUGAAAGCACAGCAUGACUGUCCAAUAGGAGCCUAAUCUCACAGGCAACAGUGAGAGUUACUGUGUACAUGCUGGCAUCCUGAGCUACUUAAACCAGUGCAGCACAGUUUUUUCCCCACUUCUGACUGCAGACUUUUCUGUCCAAUUCCUAUAUACAGUCUAGAGUUUAGAUGCUCUCACGUCAUGUUCUAAAAAAAUAUUAGAAAUUGCAUGGAGGGAAGGGUGAUUCAUAGGGCCUCGAAAUUCCUUGCAACCUUCCUGCAAAGAUGCUUUCUUACUUGUUGAGUAGCCAGCAUGUAAGGUCAUUUCCUGGAUUGUUUUUUUUUUUUAUGUAAUAGGUAGAUAUAAGUAGAUUUUUAAAUGUGACACCAGCACUUUUAAUGGUCACGAGGAAGUCUGUAAAAUUUAAAACAAACAAACAAAGGAAUCAGCAUUGAUCCUGCAAAUGAUUUUUGUAUGAUACAUACACAGGGUCAAACGUUCAUAAAAGAAUGUGAAAAACUGAACACACAGCAUUUGAGGACCACGUCUCGAUCCUCAUUCAUUUUAGCCACUACUGAUGACUUUGAGAAUGUCUUUCUGUAAAAAGCAGCUGCAAGAACAUACCAGUCAGAAAGUCACUGUGUUCUCACACCUUUCACCAAAAUUUCUCCUGGAGUGCAGUCAAUGAGAAGGCAACUAAAAGUGUUUACACAAAAUUGAUUAAAUUCACUGAUUCUUUUUUUAACUCAAGUUUCACCGUUGAAUAAUUUUCUUAACAGUAAACUGGUAUUACCAUAGCACUUUGAUGUGUCCUGUGGACAUUUAUGUCUCAUUCUGAAUGUCAAAAGAAAUGUAAUGACUGCAUUUUCUAUUAGCCAUACUUGUAAUUUUGUUUAAAUUACACAAUGUAGCAGCCAUUUAAUAUGUAGCACUAAUGUUUCCUUGGUCAACUCUCACCACGGGUUAAGCUAUGAAGUUACCCUUAAUGGAUUUUCUCCAGAGGCAAAAAAAAAAAUUCCUGAAUUUGUGCUGACACUUAAAUUGUAAUUUGAAUGUAAAUACAUUUACAUUAGUUCCGUCUUAGUGCACCAACGAAGUAAUAGCAGCAUGUUUUUCCUGUCGUUUUUAAAUUUUUUUUUUCAUUCUCCCUUUCUCAUGUAUUACCUCUCUGCGUUUGAUAGUAAAAUUUUUCAAAAAGUACGUGGGGUGGUAGGAAACCCCGAGGAUGAGGUGAAAGAUGGUUUAAUACGAAAUGUAUUCACAAAUAUCUUUGAGAGAGGAAAAAAUUAAUAAAAUGUUUGAGAAAAUGUAUGCAGUGCAGGUUUUAUUUUUAAUGGUAGCAAAUGUAAAAUGUGUGCAAAGGGACUCCUGAUUGGAUAGCACGGGUAGUACAGGAUGUAAAGGUGGUGCAGACUAUUCGUUCUGAUUCACCACCUGUGUGACACUUCCAUCUCUAACUGUUUGGUCUAGUAAAUCAUGCAGUUUUGCAUUGUUACAUUGUCAUCUAAUGUCACCUGAAAAAUAAUUAAAAAGUGACCACGGUCACCAGGACCACAAACCUAAUUAUUUUCCUCAAACAAGUCAACACCACCAUACAUACCUUUUCUGCCACUCCUAUCAUUACUGUACGACAGAAAUUAAAAUUCUGGCAAUUUUAAUAAGCAUGUUUGUAACCAAAUGUGAUCACUUUUUUUUUCUGGGUUUUUUUCUAAUUCGUUACUCAAUUUUGCAUUUUCAGAACAAAUAUAAAAACAAGUUUUUGAAUUAAUAUUGUUUUUAUUUUAUAUUAUUAUAUUUAGCUUCUCAUCAACAAACUCAUGUGGUAUGGGAUAAUAAAUGAUGAUUAGUAAUAGCAGGUCCACGCAAUAGAAAAAAAAAAAAAAAAA